AUGAAGAGAAGACGUCACGGCUUCAUUUGCAUCUAAGCCCCGCCCCCUUGGUGACGUCGGUCCGGGGAUCUGCAGGCAGGCAAGGUGCUGCUCAGUCGCCUCGCGCCGCCGUCGCUGCUGCUGCAUUUGCUGAGAGAGACCCGAAGCGCGCCCCCGAGAUGGCCUCCGCCACCGAUGCCCGCUACGGCCAGAAGGAGUCCUCCGACCAGAACUUCGACUACAUGUUCAAGAUCCUGAUCAUCGGGAACAGCAGCGUGGGCAAGACCUCCUUCCUCUUCCGCUACGCCGACGACUCCUUCACCCCGGCCUUCGUCAGCACCGUCGGCAUCGACUUCAAAGUCAAGACCAUCUACCGCAACGACAAGCGCAUCAAGCUCCAGAUCUGGGACACGGCCGGGCAGGAGCGGUACCGGACCAUCACCACCGCCUACUACCGGGGCGCCAUGGGCUUCAUCCUGAUGUACGACAUCACCAACGAGGAGUCCUUCAACGCCGUCCAGGACUGGUCCACCCAGAUCAAGACCUACUCGUGGGACAACGCGCAGGUGCUGCUGGUGGGCAACAAGUGCGACAUGGAGGACGAGAGGGUGGUCUCCUCGGAGCGGGGCCGCCAGCUGGCCGAACACCUGGGGUUCGAGUUCUUCGAGGCCAGCGCCAAGGACAACAUCAACGUCAAGCAGACCUUUGAGCGCCUGGUGGACAUCAUCUGCGAAAAGAUGUCCGAGUCGCUGGACGCGGCCGACCCGGCGGUGACCGGGGCCAAGCAGGGCCCCCAGCUGAGCGACCAGCAAGCCCCCCCGCACCAGGACUGUGCCUGCUAAGAGACUCCCGCCGGCGACCCCAGACACCCCCUUGUCCCCCCCCCUUGCUUCUCGACCCCCUUUGCGUUGCGGGGGCGUGUCCAGACCCCUUCCCCGGGACGGAAGGAGCGGCGGUGGCUUUUAAUGAUCGACGUAUUUAUUUAUUUAUUGGUCUCUACAUAUUUAUACUUCCCUUCGGUGUACUUCCUGACCCGUCCCUCCCCUUCCUGACCCGUUUUGGGGGUUUACGGUCCAAAAAUAAGGUGGUGUGUUCAAAAGGGGGGCCUUUAUAAGACCCAGUAAAAGGACCCUCUUGCGGGGUCGCAACGUCGGGAACACGUUGUAUGGAUUGACCUGUAUUGAUACUACGUCGUCGUUGUUUUCCUAGCUUGUUUUGAAGGCCAGGCUAGGUCUCUAGGUUGAGCAUUUCUUUCCUUUGGUGUUAUUUCCGCUAUCCCUCCUUUCUCCCAGUAUAACACUGGUUUCGGUACUUCGUUACAAGUAAGAUUCGUUAUACUUCGUUAUAAGAUUUGGCUUGCGAGAUACGACACGAUACAAGAUCUUGGCUUGCAGUUGCAUCCAGAUGCAGGUCAGGACCCUCUCUGACUUGGUGGCCAUCUAUUUAUAUUAUCCCCCUUUUAUCCCAGUAUAAGACUGGUUUCGGUACGUUGUUACCGAAACCCUAUACCUUUUGUCUAAGUUGAUACUAGUUCUUGCGAGAUACGAUACCAGAUCAUAAUCCAGAUGCGGACCAAGACCCUCUCUGAGUUGGUGGUCACUUAUUUUUCUUCUUUGUGUUGUCUGUGAAAUGCUCACAUAUGGUAGUAAUUGCGCUUGAGCCCCUUUCCUCCCAGUAUAAGACUGGUUUUGGUACUUCGUUACCGACCAAUGUGACCCCGUAAUUCAGAAAUUAUUGCGUCCAGAUAUGGACCAGGACCUUCUCCGACUUGGCGGCCAUUUAUUUAUUAUUAUCCUCUUCGCUUCCCAGUAUAACACUGGUUUUGGUACUUCGUUACCGACCGAUGUGACCCCAUAAUUCAGAAAUUAUUGUGACCUUCUCCAACUUGGCGGCCAUUUAUUAUUAUCCUCCUCACUUCCCAGUAUAAGACUGGUUUCGGUACUUCGUUACCGACCGAUGUGACCCCGUAAUUCAGAAAUUAUUGCGUCCAGAUACAUACCAGGACCUUCCCCCAACUUGGCGGCCAUUUAUUUAUUAUUCUUGUUUUCCAGUAUAAGACUGGUUUUGGUACUUCGUUACCGACCGAUGUGACCCCGUAAUUCAGAAAUUAUUGCGUCCAGAUAAGGACCAGGACCUUCUCCGACUUGGCGGCCAUUUAUUUAUUUUCCUCCUCACUUCCCAGUAUAACACUGGUUUCGGUACUUCGUUACCAACCGAUGUUGCCCAGUAAUUCAGAAAUUACUGCGUCCAGAUAUGGACCAGGACCUUCUCCAAAAUGGCGGCCAUUUAUUUAUUAUUAUCCUCCUUGCUUCCCAGUAUAACACUGGUUUCGGUACUUCGUUACCAACCGACGUGACCCCGUAAUUCAGAAAUUAUUGCGUCCAGAUAAGGACCAGGAACUUCUCCGACUUGGCGGCCAUUUAUUUAUUUUCCUCCUCACUUCCCAGUAUAACACUGGUUUCGGUACUUCGUUACCAACCGAUGUUGCCCAGUAAUUCAGAAAUUACUGCGUCCAGAUAUGGACCAGGACCUUCUCCAAAAUGGCGGCCAUUUAUUUAUUAUUAUCCUCCUUGCUUCCCAGUAUAACACUGGUUUCGGUACUUCGUUACCGACCGAUGUGACCCCGUAAUUCAGAAAUUAUUGCGUCCAGAUAUGGACCAGGACCUUCUCCGACUUGGUGGCCAUUUAUUUAUUAUUAUCCUCCUCGCUUCCCAGUACAACACUGGUUUCGGUACUUCGUUACCAACCGACGUGACCCCGUAAUUCAGAAAUUAUUGCGUCCAGAUAUGGACCAGGACCUUCUCCGACUUGGUGGCCAUUUAUUUAUUAUUAUCCUCCUCGCUUCCUAGUAUAACACUGGUUUCGGUACUUCGUUACCGACCGAUGUGACCCCGUAAUUCAGAAAUUAUUGCGUCCAGAUAUGGACCAGGACCUUCUCCGACUUGGUGGCCAUUUAUUUAUUAUUAUCCUCCUCGCUUCCCAGUACAACACUGGUUUCGGUACUUCGUUACCGACCGAUGUGACCCCGUAAUUCAGAAAUUAUUGCGUCCAGAUAUGGACCAGGACCUUCUCCGACUUGGCGGCCAUUUAUUUAUUAUUAUCCUCCUUGCUUCCCAGUAUAACACUGGUUUCUUUACCUUGUCCAAGUCGAUACGGGUUUCUUGGAUCUUGUCUUGCAGUUGUGGCCAGAUGUGGGACUCUCUCCGACUUGGCGGUCAUUUAUUUCUUAUCCCUCUUUCCUCCCAAUAUAACACUGGUUUUGGUACAUGGUUACCAACGGAUGUGGUCCUACUUUGUCUCCGUUGAUUUCUUGGAUAUUUGUAAUUGUUGAGUUUCUUGGAUCUUAGUUUGCCAUUGCGUCCAGAUGCGGACCAGGACACUUUCAAAAAUGGUGGUCAUUUAUGUUUACAAUCUCUCCCAAUAUAAGACUGGUUUCGGUACCUUGUCACUAACGAAUGCAGCCCUAUACUUUUUGUCUAAAUUGAUACGAGUUCCGACGAGAUCUCAGCUUGCAAUAUACGAUACGAUAUGAGAUCUUGGCUUGCAAUUGCAUCCAGAUGUGGACCAAGACCCUCUGACUUGGUGGUCAUUUAUUUAUCCCUCUUUCCUCCCAAUAUAAAAAACUGGUUUUGGUACAUCGUUGCCAAUGGAUGCAGCCUAUACUUUUUGUCUGAGUUGAUACGAGUUCUUACGAGAUUUUGGCUUGCGAGAUGCGAUACAAGAUCGUGGCUUGCAAUUGUGUCUCUGACUUGGUGGCCAUUUAUUUAUAUUAUCCCCCUUUUAUCCCAGUAUAAGACUGGUUUUGGUACAUGGUUACUGAAACCCUAUACCUUUUGUCUAAGUUGAUACGAGUUCUUACAAGAUUUUGACUUGCGAGAUACAAUACGAUACAAGAUCUUGGCUUGCAGUUGUGUCCAGAUGCGGACCAAGACCCUCUCUGACUUGGCGGUCAUUUGUUUCUUCUUCAUGGUGUCUAUGAAAUGCACACAUAUGGUAGUAAUUGCUCCUGAGCCCCUUUCCUCCCAGUAUAAGACUAGUUUCGGUACUUUGUUACCAAUGGAUGUGGCCCUAUACUUUUUGUCUUAGUUGAUACGAGUUCUUGCGAGAUUUUGGCUUGUGAGAUGCGAUACAAGAUCGUGGCUUGCAAUUGUGUCUCUGACUUGGUGGCCAUUUAUUUAUAUUAUCCCCCUUUUAUCCCAGUAUAAGACUGGUUUCGGUACAUUGUUACUGAAACCCUAUACCUUUUGUCUAAGUUGAUACAAGUGGUCAUUUAUUUAUCCCUCUUUCCUCCCAAUAUAAGUUUAGUUUCAGUACAUCGUUGGUGAUGGUUGCGGCCUGUAUUUUUGUCUGAGUUGAUACGAGUUCUUACGUGAUUUUGGUUUGCAAGAUUCAAUAUGAUAUAAGAUCUUGGCUUUCAAUUGCGGAUAAAUGUGGACUAAGACCCUCUCUGACUUAGUGGUCAUUUAUCCCUCUUUCCUCCCAAUAUAAAACUGGUUUCGGUACAUCGUUGGCAAAGGAUGCAGCCUAUACUUUUUGUCUGAGUUGAUACGAGUUCUUACGAGAUUUUGGCUUGUGAGAUACGAUACGAGACCUUGGCUUGCAGUUACAGCCAGACGUGGGCCAAGACCGUCUCCGACUUGGCGGCCAUGUAUUUAUAUUAUCCCUCUUUCCUCCCAGUAUAAGACUGGUUUCCGUAUAUCGUUGCCAACGGACGCGGCCCUAUACUUUAUGUCUAAGUCGAUACGAGUUCUUACGAAAUUUUGGCUUGUGAGAUACUAUACGAUAUGAGAUCUUGGCUUGCAGUUGCGUCCAGACGCAGGCCAGGACCAUGUAUUUAUAUUGUCCCUCUUUCCUCCCAGUAUAAAACUGGUUUCCGUAUAUCGUUGCCGACGGACGCGGCCCUAUACUUUAUGUCUAAGUCGAUACGAGUUCUUACGAGAUUUUGGCUUGUGAGAUACUAUACAAUACGAGAUCUUGGCUUGCAGUUGCGUCCAGACGUAGGCCAGGACCAUGUAUUUAUAUUACCCCUCUUUCCUCCCAGUAUAAAACUGGUUUCCGUAUAUCGUUGCCGACGGACGCGGCCCUAUACUUUAUGUCUAAGUCGAUACGAGUUCUUACGAAAUUUUGGCUUGUGAGAUACUAUACGAUACGAGAUCUUGGCUUGCAGUUGCGUCUAGACACGGGCCAGGACCAUGUAUUUAUAUUAUCCCUCUUUCCUCCCAGUAUAAAACUCAUUUCCGUAUAUCGUUGCCGACCAUGUAUACAGGACCAUGUAUCCCUCUUUCCUCCCAGUAUAAGACUGGUUAUCGAAACCCUGUACUUAUCCCUCUUUCCUCCCAGUAUAAGACUGGUUAUCGAAACCCUGUACUUAUCCCUCUUUCCUCCCAGUAUAAGACUGGUUAUCAAAACCCUGUACUUCGUGUCUAAGUUGAUACGAGUUCCGACGAGAUCUCGGCUUACGAGAUACGAUACUAGACGCGGACCAAGACCCUCCCCGACGUGGUCAUUUAUUUUUCCCUCUUUCCUCCCGGGUUUGGGGACACAGUUCCUCGGAUCCCGCUCUUUUCCGCCCAGCAAAAAGGGACACUUCACCUUCCUUCCGGCUUGUAUAGACCCCCACCCCUUGGCCCGGCUUUCCCUCCCUUCCUCGGUGUACAGAAAUAUCCGAGAAAAAGGAAGAUUUUGGGGUGUUUUCCCCUCCCGGCUCCCCUUGUACAUAGACGUAGGUUGUGCCGUGCUCGUGGACCUCGCCGUGACGUGGUUUUUUGGGUUAUUUUCGUGUGACGUAUUUAUGUCCUUUUUAUUUUUUAAGAAAACACAAGGUAUCGCCGUGACGGUUUCCUUUUUUUUCCAGUUGCUUGUGAGUUGUUACUCAUCCAUGUAUGUAUAUAUAUACAUAUACACACACAGAGAGAGAAUUAUUUUAAAAAAGAGAGAGAGAAAGCGAUGCCGGGAGAUGGUGGCGGGGUAUAAAAUUAUUAUUAUUAUUAUUAUUAUUAUUAUUAUUAUUAUUAUUAUUAUUAUUAAAUCACGACCCUUUGGGUGCAAUUUGGGAAAAGAUGGGUUUUUACGACGUAUUUUGGGCUCAUGUUUCCUUUUCCCCCUGUUUCAGGGAUGCUGCUCUCUCUCUCUUUUUGUCAAGUUUACUUCUAUGGGGAAAUAAAUAAAAAUAAUAAAAAACAAAUACACUGUACUGUAUGGCAAAAAAAGAAAACAACAAAAUAAUAAACCUGUCGGAAGUGUCGAAAAAGAA